CGGAAGCCACGCGGGCAGCCGCGGCCGGGCCGCUGUCGGACACGGGAGGCGGCGAUGCCGUGGCCGCGGCUGGCGGCGGCCGAAUGGGCGGCGCUGGCCUGGGAGCUGCUGGGCGCCUCGGUGCUGCUCCUCGCCGUGCGCUGGCUGGUGCGGCGGCUGGAGAAGCGGCCGCGGGGCCCUGGCGGGAGCCGGACGCCCGCCCCGCCUCCCCGCGCGGCGCCGGAGCCCCGCUCAGGUGACGUGACAAUGGAUGUCGUGUUAGCUAAGUUGAAACUCCUGGAUCCAGAUGACCUUAGAGAAGAAAUUGUCAAAGCUGGCUUGAAUUGUGGACCCAUUACAUCAACCACAAGGUUCAUUUUUGAGAAGAAAUUGGCUCGGGCUUUACUAGAACAAGGUGGAACCUUGCCUCUGUGUCUUCCCAACCCCAGUGAAGCAGCGCCUCCAGCAUCCAGGCAGAGUGGACCACAGGUCCCCACUUGUGCCAGAGCAGAACAGACCAGGUUUUCCGAAGACAGAGAUUUUGGUUACAGUGUGGGCUUGAACCCUCCAGAGGAAGAAGUUAUGCCAUCUAAGCCCUGUUUGUUGCCCUUCAGCCCCUCAGUGGAAAUUGACGCCCACAAGACUGGAGUGACAGCAUCUAAGGAGCGAGCCCUAUACUAUGGAGUGUGCCCGGGGAACGAGGAUGGUCCUAUGAGAAGUGAAAGGAUCCAUGUUUAUGAGGACAAAAACGAAGCAUUACAAGCUGUCAAAAUGAUUAAAGGGUCCCGAUUUAAAGCUUUUCCAACCAGAGAAGAUGCUGAGAAAUUUGCUAGAGGAAUUAGUGAUUAUUUCCCAUCUCCAAGCAAAGCUGUGCCAACACUGUCUCCUGUGAAGAUAGCUCCACUCUUCGGCAGUGUUGGGUUGAAAGAUGGAUUAUGCUUAUCUGAAUUGGAAACAGUAAACAAAGAGCGAGCAAACAGUUACAAAAAUCCUCGAACACAGGACCUCACGGCCAAGCUAAGGAAAGCUGUAGAGAAGGGUGAGGAGGACACCUUUUUGGAUCUUAUCUGGAGUAACCCCCGGUAUCUAAUUGGUUCCGGGGACAACCCAACCAUUGUACAGGAAGGAUGUAGGUACAAUGUCAUGCAUGUUGCUGCCAGAGAGAAUCGGGCUUCCCUGUGUCAGCUGACGUUAGAGACUCUGGAGAACCCUGUGUUUAUGCGGCUCAUGUACCCAGAUGAUGACCCAGGCAUGCUUCAGAAGCGUAUCCACUACAUUGUUGACCUAUACUUGAACACUCCCGACAAAGUGGGCUAUGAUACCCCAUUGCAUUUUGCUUGUAAAUUUGGAAAUGUUGAUGUGGUCAGUGUGCUUUCUUCACAUCCCUUGAUUGCAAAAAACCCAAGGAAUAAAUAUGAUAAAACACCUGAAGAUGUCAUCUGUGAAAGAAGCAAAAACCAGCCUGUUGAACUGAAAGAGAAGAUUAGAGAAUAUUUAAAAGGUCACUACUAUGUGCCACUUCUAAGAGCAGAAGACACUUCCUCGCCUGUCAUUGGGGAGCUAUGGUCCUCAGACCAGACAGCUGAAGCCUCACAGGCCAGCUACUGUAGAGCUGGCCCCAAGGACUCUAUGCUGACUUUGAGGGCAUUUGUUGGACCCCUGAGUCCAUCCAAGGCUGAAGAUUUUCGCAAACUCUGGAAAACUCCACCUCGAGAGAAAGCAGGCUUCUUCCACAGUGUCAGGAAGUCUGAUGCAGAACGGGGCACUGAGAGAGUAGGGAGGGAGCUAGCUCAUGAGCUGGGGUAUCCCUGGGUUGAAUACUGGGAAUUUCUGGGCUGUUUUGUUGAUCUGUCUUCCCAGGAGGGCCUGCAAAGACUAGAAGAAUAUCUUGCUCGUCAGGAAAUGGGCAGAAAGGCUCAGCAAGAAACAAGAGAAAAUGAAGCCUGCCAUCAAGACAAAGCUUUCACUUCUGGUAGUGCGAAGAAGCAUAGCAAUUCCAUCUCUGUGGGGGCAUUUCUAGAUGAAGAUGAUGGCAUGAGCUUAGAAGAAAUGAAAAAUCUGCAGAAUACAGAGCGAAGUCAAAGCCAGCUCACAAUUGAUGCUUUUGGGAACUUGGAGUAUGGUGCCCUUCCCCUGGGGCAGAAGGCAGACUGUGGAGAAGGCCCAGGUGGAUACCACCAUCCCCACUGUAGUGAAAAUGGGGUAAGCCACUCUCUGAGUCAGAGAACCCCAACCUGGGGAAGACAAGAGCGCCCCUCUGGGGAGGCAGACCUUUUGCCACCUGUGUCUUCUUUGACUCUUCAGUUUGAUAAACUGAACUUGAAAAAUCCUUCUGAGACAUCAAAUGGAAACAGGAAAACUAAAGAUAAGAAAGUCCUGACUUCAAGAAAAGAUGCAGUAGAAGGUGCUUUGCCAGCAAGUCCCCUUGCUGCAGACAGACUGGGAAACAGCCAAGUCAGGACUGACCGGGAGAUGCCAGCAGGAGCAGUGGAAAUGUCCCAGGGUCCCAGUAGCCCUGGAGCCCAGGCUGCACGUGUGCCUGGAUCCACUAGGAACUCCACUAGGAAGCUCUUCCUUUUUGGUGACGAGCCAUCAAAACUAGAUCGGGAUGUCUUGGCAGCGCUUGAGAGUGCAGAUGUUGACCCUGGCCUGUAUCCAGCUGUGCACAGGUGGAAGAGUGCAGUCCUGGGCUACUCACCCUCAGACAGACAGAGUUGGCCGAGCCCUGCACUGAAAGGAAAGUUGAAGUCUCAACUGCCAGAUCUUGAUUGCUGCAGUUUGGGGCGAAGCGGUCCUGCUGGGAUCAGCCCUGGGAAACUGGGUCACACGAGGUCAUCCCCCAGCCGAGGCAGCCCCGGACGAUACAGUCCUGCACAUGGGAGCCACCUCCGCAGAGUGGCACACAUGGCACAACUUGCAACCCUAUAGGGCUCACUUCUUUCUUAAUUGUUAAGGAAAGAAGGGUAAUGUUUAUUGGUAAAGUUUAACAAAAGACUAUAUUCUGAAUAAUUUAUUAGUUCUUUCUAUGAAGCCAUAAGUAUUUUAGAAAAUGCAGGUGUCCUAACUCAGAUUUAAACUUAAUACUUCAGAAAAAUAAAAGCAUACUCAAAAGAUGCAACGCACAAAUAUUCUCCAAAAUGUGGAUGUAGUAAUGAUGCAGACAUUUUAGGUAGUGAUUCCUGGGUUUGAAAUGGAGCAAAGGAGAUUGGGCGUGGUGGUACACCACCUAUAAUCCAGCAUUCAGGAGGAUGAGGAAGGAGGAUUUUAAGUUUGAAGCCUCUAGCAUGAGUUAUAUAUACAUAAUGAGACACACACCUAAUACUCCCUCCCCUCCCCAUAAUAAAAUGAGACUGACUGAGAGGUAGUGUGUGACCUCCCAGGCCUGAGCAGGUGCUCUGGAGGGAGCUGGCAACCCUGCUGUACGUAAAUGCACUUCCAUUGUCCACAACAUGAGGACAGGUUGUACACGGACUCCUGAAGAGCAGCUUCCCAGUACACAAAUGCCAAGACCCAGGUGUUUGCUGCUUGAUCCUAGUUGUUUUAACAGUAAGGAACAGGGAGUAAAUGGGCCUUGACUGUCUCAGCCUUAUGCUCACAAGAGAAGUAUCUUUCUCUUGGGAAAAAAGUCCGAGCCAGCUGGAGUCAUACAAGUCUCAGAAUCCUCACCAGCAAUAACCAGGUCUUUAAUUCUCACCAGCACCUGAACUUGCUACUUAAUUGCCAGCGUGAUAAUUAAAUAAUAUAAAUUGUUCCCUAGCUUUGCAAUUUGUCUUGACUUUAGAAUUUACUUCAGCUGGGACUUUCUUUAUAAAAGAUCGUUUUGUUACAGUAGAGAAACUGGAGGUUUGAGUCUUUCAGUCCUUCGCAUUGUUUUAGUCAUCAUUAAUUAUCCCCAGGAAGGUUUGUAUACCCUGUUACCCAUGCCUCAAGGCGGGGUCUCAACCCUGGCUGUUGGAAGCAGCUUCUCACACACAAGCUGUUUUGUGGACACGUCCAGUGUUUACUCCAAAACAAAAAACUACCACUGGUUGUGCCAACUUCAGUGCCUUUUUGUAAAUCACUUUUAAUUUUCCUGAAGUUACUUUUUGAGAAUAUACAAUGAUUAUAUCGGCAAAGACAUAUUUUUUUUCUUUGUAAAAACUCUGAAUUGAAAUGUGUUUUUAAAAAGCUUAUUUUAUAUAAGACAGGUUAGAAUUCAAAAGUUUGUUACACAGGAUAUUUUCAUUUGCGCAUGAGAUCAAGAUGUAAAGCAAAUAAUACAGUUUGUUCUGAAAACAGUGACAUUCCAAAAAGCACUUCUGUUUUCAAAAGGUAAUUGGAACAGACAUUCUUUUUAGUGCUGCUGUUUUCUCUGAAGACUUAGCAUAUUGUCUCAGUAUAUUAUUGUCAAUACUCAGAUCGCGAUUAAAGUACUGUUUUCCCCUAA